AUGCUUGUAUUUGCGUGCAGGGAGGCAGUGUUGUCUGCCUGUGAGCAGGCCUGUGGGCUGAUUGACAUGAGUGCCCAUGCAGUGGGCCAUCCAAAAAUGGCCAUUGUGCCCCUCUAUCCUCUGGGAGAGGAGGUGGGACGGGAGGACUAUGCAAAGGAAGCUAGAGCCAUAUCGGUGGCUGCUUGACUGACUGAGUGGGUAAGUGGCACCAGUGCUUUCUUUUUUGGCUGGGCAGUCUCGCCUCAGCAUUGAGGCCUGGUGCAGAGACGCAAGGAGAUGGGCUGGUUCAGGAAGAAUCCAGACACGUGAACCAUCCAACCCGACAUUGGGCUCCUGCCACAGAGACAGUACAACCUCACAGGCGUCGGAGUUAGUCCCUAGAUCAUCAACUGGAACAUCACAAUUGAUACCCAGGACCUGGCUCUUGGGCGCAGCAACGCCAUGGCGAUAGGGGGCCUACCAGGGGUGCAAGUGCUGGCCCUUUCACACAAUGGUUCUAUGGAGAGCAUAAAGGGGAACUCCACUAGCCAGUUGGCGGGUGAGACGUGGCCAACCUACAAUAUUGGUGGGCAGCCGUGCUUCCACACCCCGGCAUCUCUUAUCACAGCCAGGGUGGCAGAGCGCAGGACAGCAGGGAUGGCCACUAAGAGCACGACGCUGGAAGGGUUCACCCAUGAGUGCAGGGGCCUGGCAGAGUGAGCUUUGUCAUUGGACAUUGCUGAGUUCUAG